AUGGAGCCUACCAGCCCGGCAUCACCGGCAUCAGCCUGGAAGCAUAAAACUGAGAGGUACGGUGAGGUCUUCCGUCAGGAAGUUCGGCAGGUGAUGUCACGUGUGACUGAUGGUGCCGAGGCCUGGCAACAGGGGCCACGAGAGAAUGGAUCGUUUGGGGCAGAACUCUUAGAAAGGAUCGAAGGCAACGAUCGUCUGGAGUUGGGCAGGCGAUUCGUUUGCGCGGCUUCCAGCAGCCUCCAAGCAAUCCGGCCGCCUGGUACGCCUACAAGCACAAAACAAGGCCUGGAGUGCGGAGUGCCAGCGAGCUGUUGCUUCGUGAUUGGAAGUGGUGCUAGGUUGGAGAAGUGGGCAGCGCCUGCAAUCUGGACGUUGCUCCUCCUGGGCGUCGUCGAGACUCCGCUGUGGUGGGAGCCCAGUUGCAAGAGGAUGCGGUUCGUGCAUCAGUGGACAGGUGCAACAGCAAGCUCGGCUCCACAGGAGGCAUCUCUGAAUGACUGCAGUGUAAGUUCUCCUGACGUCUCCUGUGCAGGUUCUUGCCCGGCUGGUGAAAGCCCCGAAUUCCUCCUCAGCGGUUUGCUAUACCUUCCCGUGGGUGUCGAGCUGUCCAUCCUGACGUUCCUCUUGGUGCACUUCGUGGUGCAUCUGCGGCUAUUCAGCGCGAUGAAGGGCUACGGCCACGCCACGACAGCAGGCAAAUUGCUCGUUGAGGGAACGUUGAUCGCUUUGAGCUACGUGGACUUGGCUUCCUUUGUCGCCGGCUCGACGAUGCGCGUUGCGCCAGUCCUCAGGUUUGGCCUCGCGGCGUGUGCAGUGCCACGACUGCAGGAGUUGUUGCUGUCCUUCAUUCGGACUACAAAAGCCGUGAGCAAGGUUGGCAUGUUUCUGGUUUACACGGUGCUCCUCUUUGCUUUCGUGACUGCUUCCACCUUCGAUGAUGUCGAGGACAAUGAUCCGUUUGGCACUCCUGCGAAUACAGGCUUUACAUCGUUCAGCAGCGCGGUGUACACGUGCUUCGCAGCUCUGACAACAGCAACACUGCCGGAUGCGCUGGUGCCAACAUACAGCACAGAGCGGAUGUAUGCUUUGAUCUGGAUACCCUUCAUCUUCAUGGGGUCGGUGCUCCUGAAGCAGGUCAUCCUGGCUGGUGUUUAUACCGACUACAGCCAGAAUGCCAAGAUCAACUUGAUGGAAGGUCGCAAGCGUCGGCAAUCCGGCAUUGAGUCCGCCUUUGCUUUGCUGAAAACGGCAAAGGAAGAGAAGGGCGCUGCCGUGAGGUUUAAUGAUUUCGAGAAGCUGGUGGACGCCAUGAGUGUACUGCUUGACAUGUCGGGGACGAAGGAGAUGCUACGAGUCAUCUUCCAAGCCUUGGACGACAACCUGGACGGCGUCUUGGACUGGUCCGAGUUUCAGGAGAUGUGCGAUGUUCUUCAGCUCCGAAGCUGCAACGAUCUUGCCUGCAUCGAUCGGUGGAUGAAGAAGCUCAUGGAGAACGGCUCAACUGGCUUGAAUUUAGGCUAUGCGUCGCGAUAUCCGGGUUCCACCAUGGACGUGGUCAUGAACACAGUGGUCACCGCCAAUGUGUUUUGGGUCAUGUUCGAAUCCAUCAUCGACAUGAAUGACAUCAAGGAGCCGGCAUGGGUAGUCAAUGUGGACCUCUCGUUCUCCUUGGUCUACAUGUUUGAGGCUCUCCUGAAGCUGUCCUACUGGUCCUGGGAGGAAUACUGGUUCCAUUCCGACAACAGGUUUGACCUGGUUACCAGCAUCAUCUUGAGUGGCGUGGCUGUGGUCUUCCUGACGGUCCGUCACAUCUCGGUUGAAACGCUUCGCAGUGCCAAUGUGCUGCGACUACUCCGAGUCCUGAAGGCCCUGAAGCAUGUCAAGACCUACAGGCGCACAAGCAUGAUUGUCAGUAAGCUCUUCAGCACUUGUCGCGAGGUUCUAUUACUGAACGCGCUCGUGGUGUUGCUCUGGGCCUCCAUUGGAGUCGAAGUCUUCGGAGGUCGCUUGGUGCCUUCGAACCCCAGACUCUCAGAGGACUUGGGGUACUUCCAGAACCACUACCAGGUGUUGAACUUUAACGACGUGCCGAUGGGGAUGAUGACACUUUUCGUCGGGCCCCGUUUCAUGUGUUUCUGA